AUGGGCAGAGUGAUGUUGUGGUUUCUUGUUUCCUUGUAUCUAUGCCUCAUUGGCCAUAUGAUUGCUGCAAGAGAUGGUGCCUUCAUGAGGAGUGAAGCAGAAGGAAAGAGUAUCGGACACGUAACCGGGUUUAAAGGUGAACUCACAACCGGCGGCUAUGGAGGCGGCGGCCCAGGCUAUGGUGGUGGAUACGGGCAAGGUGGUGGUGGUGGAUACGGGCAAAGUGGUGGUGGUGGUGGUGCUGGAGUAGUGAUCGGUGGUGGAUUUGGUGGUGGUGGUGGUAUGGGUUGGGAUGGAGGCAACGGAGGAGUUGGUCCCGGAUACGGCGGUGGUGGUGGUGGUGGGUGUGGUGGUUCAUGCGGUGGUGGUGGUGGUGGAUAUGGACACAACGGAGCCAGCAUGAAGAAAUCAGACAAAAACUAG